AUCAUCGUGGGUGAGAAUCAUCUUCGCCUUCAGGAAAACAGGACAGUCAUCAUGGACGGCGGACUCGAAGAUGUCGCCAUGCAGGCGGCAGAGACAUUGCAGACUGCGCAUAUCAACCACAACCCUACACGCGCCGAUUUAGCGCCAGACACGUCCGUCGACAAGAAGAUCGCAGUGGAAUUUGAUCGAUCUGGAGAUGUCGACUCCAUGGCAGGGGAAGUGGAUGAGGACGAGGUGCCACUGAGUAUACUUCGGCCACUGCCCGAGGACAACAGACACGCGCCUAGGCAUCUACAAUUGCCUGAUCUACGAUUCGAGCAAAGCUAUCUCAAGAGCAUCGAGAAUGCGGAAAACUGGGGAGUUGUGGCAUACAUCACGCUCAAGGACCAGGUCUUGAUGCCGUUAGUCCAAGGCCUGGCGUGGUCGUUGAUUGUGGCUGGCUGGCGAUAUUCGAACGCAUCGGCCAAAUUCUCUGGACAGUCUAUCGGGGCCAAGGUUCGCAGAUGGUGGUGGGGCGUGAAUAACUGGAAGAUUCCGGAUACUCCGUCCAAAUGGUCGCCACGAAGUGAGCGGUAAUACGCAGCAGUCGAGCACCAUCGUCACCAUCAUCAUCACCAUCAUCGUCAUCACCACCACCAUCACCACAUUACAACUGCCACGAGCUGCGUGAUGCCGUGGCUACGAGAGCUCGCCUAUCCAAAGAACGAAGCACGUCGCCUACGACGGCAUCUGCUCGCGUGUUUUACCAAAGUCAGCACGAUCACCGCAACCAGGCACCACUGGCUGAAGAUCGUCUUACCGCAGUAGCGAGCAUCUCCCGGGCUAUCUCUGGUAAUCGAGCGGCAGCUCGCACCAGAGGGGAAGCGACAUGUGGUUGCAUGAUCCUGACAUUUGCCGAUUCAUGCCAAGGUUGCGCAUGUGAGGCUGAAUGUGCUCAUAUAGCCCGUGGUCUCUGCAUUCCAUGCUGCGCCAAUACUUGCGCUUUUGGGCUACGGCGGCUGCAUCUUGUCGUUUCUUUGCAGCGCAGCAGACGGUUCAGCGUGCCACUGAACCCGGCGCAGCAGGGUCCGCGAGUGUGAGCACGGCAAAGCACGCAUGAAGUUACUUACAUGUAUGUGGUCGAAACAGGAAGCCGCAGUCGAUCUGCGCUCGUGGGUGCGGCACACAAAUGAGCUUGCGACCAAACACAUGGCGCGCGUCAUGAGCACGCCAUAGUUUCCUGCCUCGAUAGUACAUAGUACAUACAUGAGGUGGCUAUGUAUGAGUGUCCUGAUGAGAGCAACAUUCACUGCAGCAAGCGAAUCGGACGGCGAUCAUCACCUCCACCACAUCUGGGGCCGACCAGAUGCAUGUGGCAUGUGCCAGGCCGCUACCUCACUCACUACCUCACUACUACUGCACUCACCUCCACCCCGUCCUUCCCUUUCCUCGGUAUGAUCGCAUUUGUCGUUUGGAGCAGCCCCAGCAAACAGUGCCAAACACGUCUCUCGAUGCCGCGCUCGCAUAAUCCUGCUCCGACAUGACAUCGAGAUGUCGCACGUCGGUUCCAGUGACGCUGCAUGGUGGGGAUGUGGCCCCACCCCACUAAAACUAAGGGAUUGCACGCCAACGCCAACCUCGAAUGACGACUUGCGACCUCGAGUACCGCCGUCCAAUGUGCGCCUGCGCCUGCGCCUGGAACAUUGCCCAUUCCCAACAAAGCAGCUUUUUGACUUUGGGGCCAAAUGGCCGCAAUCGCAGGGGAGACGUGUACAUGGUACUCUCACCUCAUACACCUUACUUCUCGUAGGUAUGGGUGAUGGUGAUCCUCAGCAAGACGACGGUAUCCUUUGAGAGCAAGGUACCUGUUCGUUGUGUCUUGUUCCUGAACGACCCGACACGGAGGGGGACCAGUACCAGCACCAGCAUGGAGCACGAUAUCCCUCCCUCCCUGUCCUCCUCUUCCCUCCCCUUCCCUUCCCUUCUUCUCCCUUCCCUGGCCCAGCCACGGUCGCGCAUGUUGGCCGGUCUUGCUGGGAAAGUGUGUGUGUGUAUGUCUAUGAGGCAAAGUGAAGU